AUGGUGAAUGGUUCAGGUAAUCAUGAUGCUGCAGCGGACGACCAACAUGCAUCGUACAACUUGAUUCGUAUCUUUUAUAUGGUAUAUUCCAUGGCAAUUGGAUGCGUCAUUCCAUUCUUGAGCAUAUACUACAAGUCUCUUGGGCACGGAGGGAAAGUAAUCGGUCUCAUUGAGAGUAUAUCUCCUUUCACAACAUUCCUUGUGGGUCCAAUCUGGGGAAUCAUUUCAGACAAAGUGCGAAGUCCUUUUCUAAUAUUGUAUAUUACAUCAGCAAUGUCAAUGUUGGGGCAGCUUCUGGUUUUUCUUGUUCAUGAAACGCGAUCCAUCAUGAUUCUCGUCUACAUCACAGCACUCUUUAGCGCCCCCGUCAAACCUCUUAUUGAUUCGCUGGUCAUGGCACGAUUGGGAAAAGAUCGUGCACAAUUCGGGAGAUUACGCUUGUUUUCGAUUCUUGGUUCGGGCACAGCUUCAAGCAUUGCUGGACGAUUUUUGAAGAUGGAAGAUGAAACACAAGAUUAUAUUCCACCUUCAGAUACAGCGAAUGUUUGGCUGUGGAACUUCUGGCAAAGUAUGACCGGUUUUAAGCUCCUUGUCUUUGCAUAUGUCGUGUUGCACAUACCGACAUUCAUUUGCAUUCGUCUAUUCCAAAAAGAAAAUGAAGCUCAAAAGAAGAUAUCGGAGAAUGAUGAAAAGAAGCCAACAGAUUUAACGGCGAGUAUGAAAGGGGUAAUCGGCAUUACAGUGCGAGACAAGACGAUUCUUCUUUUCUUUGCACUUGUCUACUUGAUGGGCAUAUCUGCGGGCACUGGGGACAGCUUUGUCUACAUUCGAUUUCAGGAAGCUGGUGGAAAUCCAUCGAAUAUGGGCACUUCCCGACUGUUGUCUUCGCUGGGUGGUGCAGCGAUGUUUUGGCAUUCUGGACGAAUUAGUGCUUGGUUAGGAAUGGAGAAAGUUUUGGUUUUUAGUCUAUUCGUUGUUGCUAUUCGAUUCACACUCCUUUACUACAUGACGAACAUCUAUUUCGGUUAUCUUGCAGAGCUGCUCCGUGGAAUGACAUUCGGUUGCUUUUGGAGUUCGGCGACAGUCUACGCAAGCCAACUUGCACCUGCGGAGCUACAAACCACGAUGAUUCAAGUAUUGAGUGGAAUUUACAAUGGGAUUGGAAGAUCUAGUGGAGCAUUGAUUGGAGGCAACUUGCAGGCAGCAGUCGGAACUGCAAACACCUUCAAAUAUGGAGCCAUGGCGAACGCUGCCGCUUUCUCAGUUUUGUUACUCCAAGGUACAGCGAAGAAGGAAUCAAAUGAUGCAGUAAAGAAGGACAAGUAG